AUGUCGGGCCCAGACCAGCCUGAGCCCAUCGUGGAUACGACGCGAUCCCUCAAGCGCAAGCAGCUCUCCGACGACGACCAAGGCGAGCUCGACGCCCUCGACAGCAUCUUCAAGCGCAUAAAGACGGCGGUCCCGCGCACACCAUAUAUACUUUCCACGCCAUCCUUACAUCCGUACCGGUACUACUCACAGCAACAAGCCAACGCCUGGAAAUUGGGAAGGCUGUUCAAGUCGGAGGAGGAGCACCUGCAGUACAGGACAUAUCUAUACCGGGAGCCGUGUCAGGAUUGCUUCGAGCUGCAGGCGGGAGAAGACGACGAACCUGAGCCCGAACCACCACGCUCCCAGGCCGCGAAUGGCCAGCCAGCGAAGAAGAAACCCAACCUCUCAGCUUUCAAGGUCAAGCAAGCGAACGGUCCCAACACUCCCAGCGUCAAGAUCAGCUCGCCCAGUUCUGCGCCGGACAAGAAACAGGCGAAUGGGGCCAGCAAGUCUGAAAAACUGUCUGCGCCGUCCCAAAAGACCGAGCCCAAGUCGCCCAAGUCAUCCUCUGGUACUACACGCGACGAGCCUCCCAUCCGGAAAGCCGACAGAGGCGCCCCUUCUUCAAACCGGCCGCGAGCCCCUUCCACAACGAAGAGCGAGACAACCAGUUCCAAGGGCAAGAUUGAAAAGUCGGACCCUUCCAAUUCAACACCACACGGCCUACCUCCGCUGCUUUCGCCAGUACACGAGCCAAUGGGCAACCCAUACGGCCUCCCGAACAUUUUAUCCCCCACCCUCCCCUCAAACAUACAAGCCGAGCUCGACAGAAUGGAAGUACAGCGGAAGCGCACAGAUUCCGACGCAUCUGUGUCAUCUUCAGAUCGCAAAAGUCAAACGCUUGCUGUGCCACCCAGUGGAUCUCAACAGUCCAACGGUACACCAAAGUCAGAGAACCGAGCGCGCUCAGUUUCCAUCAACGGCAACGGCAAAAAGCCCAACCCCGAACCAGUCAGUCAAGUCGAACAAACAGAUUCUAGUAUGGUAGUUAAGCUGAAAUUCUCAAAGACCAAGGCGCCUGUCGUUGGCCAGAUUCUCCGCCUACCAUCGAGACGAGCGAAUGCCGAGAAGAAGGAGCGCAACGAUACCUCCAAGGCGACUCAAAUGGCAGACACGCAGCCCAAGGUCACGGAUCCGCCUGUCAUUAAGAAGAAGGCAAUUCCCAAGGUCGCUGCACGACAGACUACAACGCCAUCAAAAGUUGCAGAGAAGCGGCCGCGCGCGGAAGAGGAAUCGACAUUGGCGGUACCGCCCACUAAGCGACCCAGAGCAGGCUCAACACAAGACCGGCCCAUUACCCCUCUCCAAAAUAGCCAGACGCAAUACGCAACCCCUAAGAAGGACCUGAAAUCAGUCAACAUGCUACGAACCCAGUCUUCCGAGAGCAAUGACGCAACGCCUGGCCGGUCUGGUGCAACCCCAGCCGGCGCGAAACCUACAUCUGCUCCUCUUAACAACAAGAAGCAGGCAGACAUUUCGCUGCUUGGACAUACGUCAGCGAGGUGGAAUCAAAUGGGUAGAGCCCUCAAGCAUGAGGCCACCAAGAUCCUCACCAGCGGCAAGAUCUCGAAGCAGGAUGAGAAGAGGGCCGCAGUUACUAACCUUGAGUGUAUUCUCGCCUACAUGGCCGCCUACUUCGCCCAAGACCUCUCCCUCCACAUGCGCGGCCGCCCCGGCGAAGUAGAACAAACCUGGAAAACGCUCCUCCCCCUCUGCCUCUCCUACUCGCGCAGCACAAAAGACCUCCAGCACCUCGACGGCCUCCGCUCUUACCUCAGCUCCGUAAUCGCCGCCGCAAUCUGCACACACGUCUCCCAGCGCUGCAACAACCCUAAAACGCACGACUCGCCGCAAGAUGGUACGGGUCAUAGUGGUGGUAAUACGGCUGAAGCGUCCCGCCAGCACAACUCGCUCGCGGAAAACUUCGCCCUCCUGUCUGAUCACACGAUUAAAAUGCAUCGCCACUACCAAGACGCGCGUAUUGCGCUGCCGAUUGAGGAUCUCCAAUCGUUAUAUAAGAAAACGUAUGCGGCAAGGGAAUCCAAUGCGAGACUAGCCCGCGAACCGGAGAAGCUCAGCGGCGCGAAGAUGUCAGGACCGUACUUUUUGCCGUUGGGCGCCGAUACCACGCCCAUCCAAGCUGUACGAUUUGGUUUGAGGUUUCUGGCUGAGUAUUGCGAGAUUGAGGGGCUGAAGUAUGGGUUGAGGGUUAAUCUUGAGAGGCCUGAGUAG